GACAACCUGGACAUCAAGCCGAGUAACGUCCAGACGUGGACAGCGACCUCGGCCCUGAUCAUUGCUGAAGUUGUGGGAACUGGAGUCCUCGCUCUUGGCGGUCAAAUGGCCACUGUGGGCUUGGUCUUUGGCCUUAUCGUGCUGCUUGCAUGCUAUCCACUCAACCUCUUCACAGCUCUACUUCUUUGGCAGGUCCAUGAGAGGCUUCCCCAUGUUGUUACGCUCGGCGAUGCUUUGACGGUGCUCGUCGGGCCACGAACCGGAAUGUACGGCUACUUCGUGCUGUAUACGUACAUCUUCAUGACCAUGGCGAAUUACAUGAUUGUCCUUGGAGACGCAGUGCAGUCUUGUCUCUACGUCUUCAACAUUUCUCGUUUGACUGCUUGCUUAAUCGGAGCUUUGCUCCUCCUGCCUCUGAACCAGUUUCGAACCCUAUCCGGUUUGUCGGUGUUGAGUGUGGUUUCCUUCGCCACGGUUUUGGCAACGUUGAUGUUGUGUCUGUGGACCCUGCUGACGGCACCAGUCUGUCUGCAUGGAAGCGCUAGUGAUGGAGGCUACAUGCAGUACAGUUCUGCCAUAUCUGGGUUUGUGUUCGCGUUUGCUGGACAGCAUAUCAUGCUGGAGAUGCAAGUUGAGAUGAGAGAAUCCUCGGAGUUUCCCAAAGCUGUUUGUCUAGCAUUCUCCGUGCUUUUUGCAGUUUAUACCAUGGUCAGCCUCUUGGCUUUCCGGGCCUGUGCCGAGAACACUCCUGGUAACCUCCUCCUCGUCCUGCCAGCAGAUUGGCGAAAGAGCACCAGUGGGGCUUUGAUGGUCGUACACUUGCUCGUCACUUACACUAUUUCGCAGCAGGUGCUCAACCGAGCUAUCUGUUUGUACUUCAUGCCAUCAGCGCUGGGCACCGGAGCGAAUGCGAGAGUGAAAUGGCUCGGGUGUACUACCACAUGCAUGCUGGCUUGUUGUCUUGUGGCAAACCUGGUGCCACUUUUUCAGGACCUCGUGAACUUAACUGGUGCCCUGCUCUCGACACAAUGUGUCUUCAUAUUGCCUGGAGUCUUGUCGGUGGUCUCCAAUGAGAAGCGAUGGCUCCGCAUCUGUUCUGCCGGCAUCAUAAUCAUUGGAUUCUAUCUGGCUGUUUCUGGCACCUUUGUCAUAG